UCGGGAAUUAAAAGGAAGAAUUCGUGAUUCCUUGGUGCGAGUGUAGUUUUGCAAUUUCGCAUCAAUUUUUAUCCCCGAAUCUCGUUUAAGUGAUUCACGGAUAGGAAAAGUGUGUCAGGUUUUAUUAAUUCUCUUAUGAUAAUUAACGAGUGAUCGCAUCGCUUAAAAGAGAAACACACAUAUAAGCAAUGUCGACUGGGCCGACUCAUAAAUAUCGUUACAAAAAUGUAGGUCUCGAUUCUCAAGAAUUGAGAAGACGACGUGAAGAGGAAGGAGUGCAAUUAAGAAAACAAAAACGUGAACAACAAUUGUCGAAGCGAAGAAAUGUGCCCAAUAUUGUUACUGACGAUGAUAAUGUUUCUUCCACUACAGAUGAAUAUCCUACAGUCACUACAACUCUACAGCAACCGGUAAUAACACCAGAGAUGGUUCAGGAUUUAUACAGUGUUAAUGUCGAAGAUCAAUUAAUAGCAACGCAAAAAUUUAGAAAGCUGUUAUCACGAGAGCCAAAUCCACCGAUAGAUGAAGUAAUACAAACAGGAAUUGUUCCGAGAUUUGUUGAGUUUCUGAAAAAUAAUGAAAACAACACAUUACAGUUUGAGGCAGCGUGGGCUUUGACAAAUAUCGCGAGUGGAACGUCUCAGCAAACACGCAUUGUUAUUGAAGCUGGUGCUGUGCCUAUGUUUAUAUCACUGCUUGGCUCAUUGGAAUAUCCGGACGUUCAAGAACAAGCUGUGUGGGCUUUAGGAAAUAUCGCUGGGGACAGUCCUGAAUGCAGAGAUCAUGUUCUAAACAAUGGCAUUCUAAUGCCUCUUUUACAAAUUCUAUCGAAAACAACACGUAUUUCAAUGACACGCAAUGCCGUCUGGGCAUUAUCAAAUCUUUGUCGCGGUAAAAAUCCAGCACCAACAUUUUCUCAAGUCGCACCAUGUUUACCAGUUUUGGCACAUCUUCUAAAUCACGAGGAUUGUGACGUUCUUUCUGACACUUGUUGGGCACUUUCCUAUUUGAGCGAUGGACCCAAUGAAAAAAUUCAAGCCGCUAUUGACGCCGGGGUCUGUAGACGCCUCGUUGAACUGUUAAUGCAUGAACAAAACAACGUUAUUAGCGCUGCAUUAAGAGCCGUUGGCAAUAUCGUAACUGGUGACGACGUUCAAACACAAGUGGUGCUGAAUUGUUCUGCCCUUCAAUGUUUACUUCAUUUGUUGGGAUCAAAUCGCGAGAGUGUUCGCAAGGAAGCAUGCUGGACAGUCUCCAAUAUUACUGCGGGCAAUCCUCAACAAAUUCAAGCUGUCAUCGAGGCAAAUAUCUUCCCUAAUUUGAUAGAUAUUUUAGGAAAAGCAGAAUUUAAAACGCGAAAAGAAGCCGCAUGGGCAAUAACAAAUGCAACGAGUGGCGGAACGCCCGAACAAAUUCGCUAUUUAGCGGAGCAAGGAUGUAUUUCGCCAUUGUGCGAUUUAUUGACAGUCAUGGAUCCAAAAAUCGUGCAAGUCGCACUCAAUGGAUUGGAAAAUAUCCUAAGACUCGGAGAACAGGACGCAACUUUACACAACGGUGUAAAUCCUUACGCUGUUCUCAUCGAAGAAUGUUAUGGCCUAGACAAAAUAGAAUUUCUUCAGUCUCAUCAGAAUUUGGACAUUUAUCAAAAAGCUUUUGAUAUUAUUGAACGUUACUUUGGAUCCGAAGAGGAAGACACUAGAAUUGCACCCUCUGUUGAUGCUCAGUCACAACAAUUUCAAUUUCAAACCUCCGACUCCUCUCAAAUACCAAUGCAAGGCUUCCAAUUUUAAAUUUUUCUUUAUAUGAGACAAAAAAAAGUGUCAAUAUAUUCAACACAACAACAUAUUCACUAUUAUUUGGUGAAUCAAAAAAAAAAAAAAUCCUUCCAAAAGAGAAAAAAAAAUACAAUCGAGAGAGCAAUUCAGAAACUUUUUUUUAACGAUUUCAAGUAAAUCUAAAAAUCACGCUUUUCGAGUCAUUGUCAUUCAAACAAAAAAAAAACAGAAAAAAAAACAAAAAAAAUGUUUUCUCAAAUUUUUAUUUACUCAAAUUUUACUGAAAUCUCUUCAAAUUUACAAUUUAAUUCACGAAAUUGUAAUUUCAAAAAAUUUUUUUUGAAAAAAUUCUUUUUUCUUUAAAUUCCGGUUAAAAAAAUCAAGAUUUCAGUAAAAGAUAAUUGAACUUUAGGCUUAAGUAGAAACUGUUAGGUACUAUAAAAAAUACACAUACACACACACUUGGAAAAAUAGUCACAAUGGCGAUAUGGGAUAAAUUUCAAAAAAUUCAAUUUUUCCGAAUAUUCAAAAGAAAAAACGAAAUUAUUAACAUAUGAAGAAUUUUUCCAGUAAUUUUGCAAAUUAAAGUUUAUUAACAAUUUUUAAAUUUAUAAAAAUACAUUCGGUUUUUCUUAUAAAUUCAAUAAGAGUUAAAUAAAAAAAACGGAUGUUUUACUUUCUUGUAUCGUCAUUGAAUUGACUUGAGAAACGAUUGCGAUCGAUUAAUAAAAUAAAAAAAAAAUUGAUGAUAGAGGCAGAGACACAAUCAAUUUUUGACGUUUAGACUGACUCUGAAUUACGGAAUAAUAAUAAUAAUAUUAAUAAUAAUAAAUAAUAAUAAAUAAAAAAAAAAUGAAAACAAAGAACUUGCAGGACAUUUUUUUGCAAGACACUGAUUGACUGAAGUACGCGACUACGUAGCCAAUUACGGACAAGAAAUACGCAACGCGGUACUCAACUCUUACAUUAAGUAGGAAAAAAAAACAUGACCAAUUAAACUUUUUUACUGUAAAUAUCUCGUAAUUUUUGAAAGGAGAAAGCCCUUCUAUACAGAAUGCCCUUAAAAUUGAAUAGAUCAACGAAAACAAUUUCUAUUUAUCGAAAAAGAAAA